UUCUAUUAUUGUAGCUUUGGGGAAUAGAGAUCGAAAUCCUUGCUAUAGAGACUUUUGUAUAUAAUAGAUAAAAGGAUUUCAAAAUCUCAAUUCCCAUUUAGACUUUGAAAUAAUCAAAAGAAAAUGGCUUUUACAGGAAGCCAACAGAAAUGUAAAGCUUGUGAAAAAACUGUUUAUAUUGCAGAGAUGAUUUCUACAAAUGGUGUUGCUUAUCAUAAUACAUGCUUUAGGUGUAAGCAUUGCAAUGGAAGGCUUGCAUUGAGCACAUAUUCAACCCUUGAUGGAGUAUUAUAUUGCAAGCCUCAUUUUGAACAAAUCUACAAGGAGAAAGGAGGCGCUCCUUUGAAGCAUUCUGCAUCAUCGGGGAAGCAAAAUGAACUGAACAGAAGCCCAAGCAAAGUUUCAGCUCUUUUUUCUGGUACUCAAGAUAAAUGUGCUGCUUGUAAGAAGACUGUUUACCCAUUGGAGAAGGUGACAGUGGAUGGUGAAAUGUACCACAAUUUAUGCUUCAGGUGUGUUCAUGGGGCUUGUAAACUUACAACAUCAUCAUAUGCUGCAUUUGAUGGACGUCUCUAUUGCAAACCUCAUUUCUCUCAAUUGUUCAAAGAAAAAGGUUCCUAUAAUCAUCUCAGCAAAACUGCUUCAAUGAAAAAAUUAAAUAAAGGUCAAAGCAACAAUGAACAAGAAAGCUCUAGUAGUAAUGCUGAAGAAUCAAUUAACCCAAAGGAGACACAAGAUGACCAAGGCUCUAGUUAAUUUGCAACAUUUGUUUUAUCCAUUUAUUGACAGCAAUUGUUUUUUUUUUUUUCUUUUCAUUCCAUGUUUUCUUCUAAAGCUUUACUUAAACAACAUGUCUAUAGUCGCACCGCUCAAAUUGUAAAUGGCUAUGUUCAUUCAUUUCUUCGUUGUAAUGCUGGAAUGAUUGAGUAAACAUGAUAAGAGAGAAUUGAUUGGUA